GUCUAAAGGCAAAUAGACACAUGGCAUGAUGUGGGGACACGAUGGGACUGCAUCAACCUUUUCGGUACUUGAGGCGUUCUUGCUAGGUGCUAGCAUGGUAGCUGUUUGCACACCGGGCCCGAGGUUCACAGCACAGGUGGCAAGCCCAUCAAAAUUUCUGCGGGAAUUUUCUAGUUUUUCCUUUAAAAUCUCUUAAGGCAGACAAAUAAUACACUUUUAAGCCUUAAGGAUAGCUAAUACUAAUACUAAUUGGUGUGUUUUUUUUUAAUUACUCCUUCUUGGCUGUACCUGUACUGCACCAUAUCCUACAACUAAAUGGCGUAAUUAGCCUGUGGAGACAGCCACCUUCACCAGGCUACAAAUAGAUCCUGACCACAGAUGUCUGGCAGCCAACCAUCGGCAGGUUGAAUGAAUAGAAGCUGUGUGUUUGUUGUGAGUGUAAAGGUGUGAAAAAACCCCACAAAAAACCAAAGAGGUUUUCAUUUAAUCUUCCUAUAAUUUGUGGUUGAAAGUAGGGCACUUUUGCUGCUCGGUGCUGUUGCACAGUGGCGCCACAGGGGGGCGUUGCAACUUGGUUGUUGGGAAGGCCACACACAGCGGUGAAGAAGAAAUAACUAAACCACUGUGUUGGAGAGACGACAAACUGUUCCCGCUCUUUCAUGUGUUUCAGCAUUGACAGGAAGUCAAAUGGAGUAUCAUGCCCCUUCUGUCCGAGGCCUUCACACAGCUGGCGAAACACGACUGCGGAGAGGAGCUGCCGAGGAUACAUACUGGGCCUAUUCAGGUACAUAUGGACCAGAUGAAGGUUGGGCAUCAUCUUUCCCAGAAUGUAAGGAAAGAAACCAAUCACCAAUCAAUAUUGUGGACCAAGAUACCAAAGUAUCCACUGAGUUUCAGGAACUGACACUGGAGGGAUUCGAUACAGAAUCUUCAAACAAGACAUCUAUGAAGAACACUGGCAAAACAGUGGCCAUUGUGCUCAAAGAUGAUUAUUUUGUGAGGGGAGCAGGUCUACCAGGGAGAUUUAAGGCAGAGAAAGUGGAGUUUCACUGGGGGCCAAGCAACGGAUCAGAGGGCUCUGAGCACAGCAUCGAUGGCCGACAUUAUCCGGUGGAGAUGCAAAUCUACAUGUACAAUUCGGACGACUUUGACAGCCUCAGUGCAGCACUCAAGGAGAAAAGAAUCAUCGCAGCCAUGGUGGUUUUCUUUCAGGUUGGAAGAAAUGACAAUCCUGCUGCUGUUCCUAUAAUCCAUGGCUUGAAGGGUGUGGUCCAUCAUGAAAAAGAGACUUUUUUGGAGCCCUUUGUCCUAAGGAACCUGCUGCCAUCCUCAUUGGGAAGCUACUAUCGCUACACAGGGUCCCUGACCACACCUCCAUGCAGUAAAAUAGUGGAAUGGCUCAUCUUCAGCAGGCCAAUUUAUGUCUCCUACAAACAGUUAGAGGCUUUCUACUCUAUCUUCACCACAGAGCAACAGGAUCAUGUUAAGUCGGUGGAAUAUCUGCGCAGCAACUUCAGACCCAUUCAACGGCUGGACAACCGCCAUGUGUUCAAGUCAGCAGUUAAAGACGCCUGGCAGCCUGACCUGUCCAACACCGCAGUUGGGCCUGAUGGGACAGAGGCUUCCAGAGUAUGCAGCAGCGCUCCAUUUAACAUGAAAGUGCGACAUGUGAAUGGAAGCACCCUCGUGGUUCGCUGGGCACAUCCGGAAGUCAUCUACCACCCACCGAUUCUCCACUUCCUGGUGUCCUACAGCUGGACAGCACAUGAUGACAGCUACGAGGAGACACACCUCACUGAUGCCAAACAUAAACUGGAGGCUGUCAUCUCCCCCGUCUCAGCGGAUGUGUUGUACCUCUUUCGGGUUCAGGCUGUCUGCACCAAUGACAUGCGAAGUGAUUUCAGUCAGAGCAUGCUCUUCAGAGCAAACACCACAAGGAUCUUUGAGGGAACACGGAUCGUAAAAACUGGAAUGCCCCCAGUUUCACCAGCAUCUUCAGCUGACAUGGCCCCCAUCUCCUCUGGUUCAUCCACCUGGACCUCCUCUAGCAUUCCCUUCUCCUUUGUCUCCAUGGCAACAGGCAUCGGCCCUUCGUCCAGUGGUAGUCAGGCAACAGUGGCAUCCGUGGUGACUAGUACUUUACUCGCUGGCCUUGGCUUCAGCGGGGGAGUCAUCUCCUCUUUCCCCAGCUCAGUUUGGCCAAGCAGAGCAGCAACACGCAAUCGUGUGCCCCGGCCCAAGAAUGUCUGCACUCCUGUUGUCACAAAAGAGAACAGAGAGGCAGGGAGUGAUGACGGUGACAAUGAUCCAGGAGAUGAUGAAGACAGAGAAGGGGAGGAAAGAGAUGAGGAAAAAAAGGACAAAAAUCAGAAGAAGCAAAAGAAAAGAUCAGCAGAAGAAGAAUGGAAGGACAAAAGCAAGGCUAAGAAUAAGCCAACCAGUCAGAAACCUACUGGGAAUGCAGAGGAGAAUGUAGAUUCAACAAAUUGGCUACACGUUGACCGCCUAUUUGACUGUAACCAAACCACCAAGGAUGCAUUUCUUGGUCGUGACGUUUCACCACUGACUCUUAGUUGGGAGCGCUCACCCUUCUCUGUUUAUACCGGUGAGUCACAAUAUCAACGAUAUGUCAGAUUAUAAUUGGGAAAACUGUUUCUACACCGGACUCCAGUGUUAGUGUUGCUAUAGUAACUGCUAUGCAAUGCUUUUUAUCAAUAUACACAUGCUAUAUAUCCAUAUAAGUGGAGCAAUGUCAGCUAAAAUCUCAACCAAGCCACGUUUUGAAAAACAGAAGUCUUUAAAGGAGCACUUCAACGGGCAAGUGUCAAAGUACGUCAUUAACAACAAAACCCUAACCUAACAAACUAAGCACACUUUGCCCUUCCAAACGAUACAAGCAGCUUUAUUUACUCUUAUCCAACGGGAAAGAUAUUAAUAUUUUCACAUCAACAAUAACCAAUCAAAGUGUCCCCUUUACUUUGAUACCAACAUGGCAAGUCCUGGCAUAUAGGCAAGAAUAAAUAGUAGUACUGUAUAUUAUAGAAUUUGCAAUUUGUUUUAUUUAAUAUAUAUACCAGAAAAAAUAUUUUCUUCUUUCUAAUUUAAGAUAUUACAUUUAAUAUAUUUGAUUUAUAUGAAAUCUUUUUGUACAAUGCAUGUAUGUUAAAUGUGUAUAUUAUUUAUACAGACUUUUAGGGGCAUCCUGUAUAGGGUUGGGCAUCCUCGUUUCGAAUCCGGCUCCUAACAAUUCCUAACGAUUCCGAUGCUUUCAAAGCAUCAGAAAAGUUUGCAUGGUUUAAAAUGAGGGCAGUGACUAGAGUUCUUUUGGAAUGAAAUGUCUGGACCUCUCCAUGAAUUUUAAUAAAGAAAUACAAUAAUUAAUUAAGAGUAACUUUUUAUCAACUUUACUAUGAAUUUUCUACAGGGCUAUUUGCAGCCAGUAUAUAAAUAUCAAACAUUCAACUUCAAUAAAUGUUAUGAAGUUUCUUCUUACAGGAGUACACUUUCACAAAAGAUGUUUACUUUUGAAAAGUACUAUAUUUUGUUUGUUGCCUCAAUGUUGGUGGAAGCCGUUUUUUUAUGACACCCUUAUGACACAGGAUGUAGCCCAUAAAUGCUCUUAUUUGGAAGGCCGGAAGUGUGUUGUGUGGUUUGAGAAGGUCCCCAGACUGUUGCUAAAUUUGCCAUAGCUCCUGUCCUUAAUUUACACCGAACAUUCCACAUCAACCCACAUCAGCUAGCUUCCUGAAACUCUGUUACAUUUAUUCAUUGUUGGACUUACCUGAUUCUCAUCGCUUAGAGGAAGUGCAAUGUUGCAUAUCAAAGACAGUGUACUGUUAUUUCUACACCAUAAAUAUGUGAAAAUUAAUCAUGUUGGUUCUGCAUCCUCCUGGUUUGGUUUAAACAAACCGCAAACAACUGUGAUCCUCUACUCUUGAACAUGCACCAUUGUUUGACGUUUUCCAACCAGUCCAACACCCAACCGUUCCGGACAUGAUGGCCAGCUCUUGACACAUUGCAGAAAAUCCCACACUUUUUCUGUAAUACCAAAUGUUGUAAUCAACAUUGUUAUUGAAAAUAAAUGGGCAAUUUUUUUCAAGUUCUAACAUGACAACAUUUAGCUCAUUCAAGACAAUUGGACAAAUAUUUUCCCACACCUUUGCCCAAAUUCUAAAUUUUCCAACAAAAAUUCACUUUGAUCUUGAAUUCAACUCAACCGAUUUGAGUCAGCUCAUUCCCCCAAAAUCAGGCUCUUUUUCAGCAUUUCAAAAGUUCCUUUUUUCUAAGAAUUUUCCAAGCCAAAAAUGCUCAUGGAAAUGAAUGGCAUUUUUUUUUACUGAUUUCUCAAACCACUCCAACAUGAAAACAUUCAGGCUAACAAUUUUCCAAAUCUUCAAAAGUCCCACUUUUCCCCAGAAUUCCACAUUUUCCGUAGAGCAUUUUGGUUCAGCAUUCACACUUAAUUUCUGCGCAAAUUGGCAUCGCUAGUUAACUAAGUAAACUGACAGUAGGAAACACCGAGUACUAUUCUAUUUGUAUGUCAUCACUAUUCUAUUGGAUAACAUUAUGUUGUAGAAGUUGUCUCCAGGAACGUUUGUAAGGCCAGUUAUCUGCUUUUGUUUUGUGUGUGUGAAUAAAAUAAAAACAAAACACAGUUGACUGUGUCAUUUACAAGGCAAGACAUGAUGGUCGGCUUGUGACCAAAAGUCUGAAUCUGAAAUUAAGUAAUGUGAUCAUGUAUUGCAGUAAUGUAAAUUGUUAACAGAAUUGUACAUGGAGCUAAGUGCACAUUUAAUGCUCUUACCGCUACUACUCUACCACACCCUCCACCCCAGCAAUAAUCAGCGCCUCCCUGUCCAGACUUUCAGCAGUGCACUGUAAGCAAGCAAACACAAGGGUACAUAAAUUUCAUAUCUAGUGCAAGGCCAGACAUUAUUAUGAACUAAAGCAAUAGCAUUCUCAAUCUCUUUGUCGAUGCAUAUUCACUAUAGUUUAUUGUAUUUCAGCUGUCAGGACACAAGGUCAAAAGUUUCAAAGGUGUUCCGCAACUGUAUUCAAGUGGUAAAUAUAGACAUUCUGCUCACAACCUGUUGGAGAAAGUGUUUUUUUUAAUAUUAUUUUCUAUAUAUUGCAUUGAUGUUUUCAGGUAUAACAAACUGCUGGGAGUCAGUAGCUCAGGAAGUGCAGAGGGUCAUCCAGUAACAGUAAGAGCUAGUAGUUUGAACCCUGCUUCCUCCAUCUUAGUCACUUAGCAAAGCAGCAAUGUCCAAAAACACAAAGCACAAAUAAACAAAUGGACCGAGGUAACGUAAAGCUAACAAAAGGUGAUGGUGCAAAACUGCAAUAACUAAAAGUGCCCUGGUAGAAAACCUAACCUAACAAAGACAGCCAGCUAAGCAAAUUAAAGGGGACCUAUUCUGCUUUUUUUCACAUUUUUACAUCUCUCUGAUGAUUUUGGCAUUGAACUGCCAGCUAAAUUGGAGUUCCAGCUGCUAUUGAAGGGCUGUCAAUGUGAUGACUGUCGCUGAAGUCCAGUGUUUUGCCAGCAUUAGCGAUUUAGCAUCAAACUAGCUAAGGGAAGAUUUUCAACA